GCUCUCUUCUCCCACGCCGGCUGCAUUCAAAGCUGGCUUCUGUUUUUUGUGCAAUCGGCUAACUACUGGGCACAAAGUUUCAUUUGUUAUCCUCUCCAAGGUGGUUAUGUAUACUAUAACUACUGAUUCCCGUUCCAUCCGGACAUGAAUGGCAGGUGUAACACGAACCUGGAAAACGGUGAAAGCCAAGGCCCAAGGCUUCAAAUUAUUGUGAUGAUACUUGUGGGCCGUAGUGUCGCUCAACGACUGCGAAGUACGUCUUUGCUUCUAGUUCAAACCGUCUGCGUCCGCUUUCUUCGUCGUUCCGUGAUCGUAAACGCAUUCAGCUGUCGUCCCAAAUCGCAAUUUUUCAAUAGUAGCUCUCUAAAACCAGGCUUACGGAGAGUAUAUGCUGGAUUCCUUCUUUUCUACUGUUGUUGCUCUAUACCCAGAGAUUACCUGCCCCUUGUUGUAGUCUCAAGUAGACCACUACGUGGGUUUCCAGUUUCUCAACCUUCGCAUUCCUUCUACACUUCUUUGGCUGGAUGUUGUUUCAUGCACUGUAGAAUUAUAACCCUAACUCCUUGCUGGGCGUGCGAGAGGUCUUUAUCAUCUUGUAAUUUCCGCUCCCCUCGAAAGUUUGUGUACAUAUAAGAACAGGUCAUAUCAUGCUUUCUAGUUUCAUUCGAACAUCCACCGACUCCUUCGAAUAUUCGGCAUACCAAUGGUGUUCUCUUUCAAGCAAUCCGUUUUUGUUGCACUGUCUUUGUCCUUUGGUAUGGUCAAAGCAUUCACUGGAGAAGC